GCGCGUAGUGGCAGACGGCCGCUGGGAUUAUGAAUGGGGGCGGGGGGGGCCGGCGAGAGUGGGGUUCAGCCCGGGAUUUUCGCCAUCCGGCGUGGGAGAGACACGCCAGGCUGUGCGUGAUCCUGCUGCUCCCGCGGCUGGGGAGAUGCCCCGAGCUCCCGGCGGCGAGUGAGGGUCGUUUCGCCCAAGUCCCCCGGUACCGUGCGGGAGGUCGGCGAGGUCUUGAAAAUUGCCAGCCAAGCUGCGCUGAAUAACCCAUAUCCUAGGCAGGGAUUGUUUUCACUUCUAUAAUGAAGAAGAGCCGGAGUGUGAUGACAGUGACGGCUGAUGAUAGUGCUAAAGAUUAUUUUGAAUGCAGCUUGAGUAAAUCCUAUAGCUCUUCCAGCAACACGCUUGGGAUCGAUCUCUGGAGAGGGAGAAGGUGCUGUUCAGGAAACUUACAGUUGCCACCACUGUCCCAGAGACAGAGCGAGAGGACAAGGAGCCCAGAGGGUGAUGGUAUCUGCAGACCCACUACGCUGCCUCUGACAACACUGCCCAGCAUAGCCAUCACCACUGUGAGCCAGGAGUGCUUUGACGUGGAAAAUGGCCCGUCCCCCGGUCGAAGCCCUCUGGAUGCCCAGGCUGGCUCCUCUUCGGGUCUGGUGCUGCAUGCCACCUUCCCCGGCCACAGCCAACGCAGAGAGUCCUUCCUCUACCGAUCAGACAGUGACUAUGACUUGUCACCUAAGGCAAUGUCGAGAAACUCUUCCCUUCCAAGCGAGCAACACGGCGAUGACUUGAUCGUCACACCAUUUGCCCAGGUCCUCGCCAGCUUGAGAAGUGUCAGAAACAACUUCACUCUCCUGACAAACCUUCAUGGAACAUCCAACAAGAGAUCCCCUGCUACUAGUCAGCCUCCUGUCUCCAGAGUCAACCUACAAGAAGAGUCUUACCAAAAGUUAGCUAUGGAGACGCUGGAGGAACUGGACUGGUGCUUAGACCAGCUGGAGACCAUCCAGACCUACCGCUCGGUCAGCGAGAUGGCUUCGAACAAGUUUAAAAGAAUGCUGAAUCGGGAGCUGACCCACCUCUCAGAAAUGAGCCGAUCAGGCAACCAAGUGUCUGAAUAUAUAUCCAACACUUUCUUAGACAAGCAGAAUGAUGUAGAGAUUCCAUCUCCCACCCAGAAAGACCGGGAGAAAAAGAAAAAACAACAACUUAUGACACAAAUAAGUGGAGUGAAAAAACUGAUGCAUAGCUCAAGCUUAAACAAUACAAGCAUCUCACGCUUCGGAGUCAACACAGAAAAUGAAGAUCAUUUGGCCAAGGAGCUGGAAGACCUAAAUAAAUGGGGCCUGAACAUCUUCAAUGUGGCUGGAUACUCCCACAACAGGCCCUUAACCUGCAUCAUGUAUGCUAUCUUCCAGGAAAGAGACCUUCUAAAGACAUUCAAAAUCUCAUCUGACACAUUCGUAACCUACAUGAUGACUUUAGAAGAUCAUUACCAUUCUGAUGUGGCAUAUCAUAACAGCCUUCACGCUGCUGAUGUAGCCCAGUCUACCCAUGUUCUUCUUUCUACGCCAGCAUUAGAUGCUGUCUUCACAGAUUUGGAAAUCCUGGCCGCCAUUUUUGCAGCUGCUAUCCAUGACGUAGAUCACCCCGGAGUCUCUAAUCAGUUCCUCAUCAACACAAACUCUGAACUCGCACUGAUGUACAAUGAUGAAUCUGUGUUGGAAAACCAUCACCUUGCCGUUGGUUUCAAAUUGCUGCAAGAAGAACACUGUGACAUCUUUCAGAAUCUCACCAAGAAACAACGUCAGACACUCAGGAAAAUGGUUAUUGACAUGGUGUUGGCAACGGAUAUGUCCAAACACAUGAGCCUGCUGGCAGACUUGAAGACCAUGGUAGAAACAAAAAAAGUUACAAGUUCCGGUGUUCUUCUCCUGGACAACUAUACUGAUCGCAUACAGGUUCUUCGCAACAUGGUACACUGUGCAGACCUGAGCAACCCCACCAAGUCCUUGGAAUUAUACAGACAAUGGACAGAUCGCAUCAUGGAGGAAUUUUUCCAGCAGGGUGAUAAAGAGAGGGAGAGAGGAAUGGAGAUCAGCCCAAUGUGUGAUAAGCACACAGCUUCUGUGGAAAAAUCCCAGGUUGGUUUUAUUGACUACAUUGUCCAUCCACUGUGGGAGACCUGGGCAGAUCUGGUACAGCCUGAUGCCCAGGACAUUUUGGAUACAUUAGAAGAUAACAGGAACUGGUAUCAGAGCAUGAUACCCCAGAGCCCCUCCCCACCACUGGACGAGCAGAACAGAGACUGCCAGGGUCUGAUGGAGAAGUUCCAAUUCGAACUGACGCUCGAAGAAGAGGAUUCCGAAGGACCAGAGAAAGAGGGUGAGGGCCACAGCUAUUUAAGCAGCACAAAGACGCUGUGUGUGAUCGAGCCAGAACACCAGGAUUCACUCGGAGAGACGGAUGGAGAUGGCACAACUGAGGACAAGUCCCCAACUGACACCUAAUCCCCUUCUCUGGGUGGAGAUGAACAUUCCAGCCUUGAUAAGCAUGCCAGCUGAAUGGGUGGGCCAACUGCCCUGGGGGCUGAGGCCUGCACAGGACAAGGGCCCAGUGGCCUUUCCAGUGACUUGAGUUUGGAGCCAGAAUGCAAGACCAGAAGCAAAGAGCAGCUCAGGAAGUUCCACUGUUGAAUGGCCCACUGGCCACUUCAGUGGUGAGCUGAGGCUUCCUUUGGUACUAGAAGCCAGCGAUGGAACGCGACUCAAAGAUUUUUUAAAAAAAGAAGACAGGACACUGAGGGAUUUUUUUUUUUUGGCACUAAGUUUUGAGACUCUGUCUCUGCUAGUGACUGAACUAAUAACUUCAUUUUUAAAUCUGCUCACCUUGUCCCCUCGUCUGCCAACCUGUGUGCCUUUUUUGUAAAACAUUUUCACGUCUUUAAAAUGCCUGUUGAAUACCUAGAGUUUAGUAUCCACUUCUACAUAGUGUUCAGCAUUGACAAAACUUUUUUGACUCUUUCUGGGGGGGGAUAAAAACAGAAAGAAAAUGGUCUUUGUUCUUUAUCGGGCAAUACCGUUCACUUUGCUAUGGUUCCAUCUGCAGGCAGGAAGGAGAUAGUUGUAACCAUAUAGUCCUUUCUCUGUUGUCCCAUCCAAGUUCAGUGUGAACUGUUUGCCUGCUUUAUACAGUGUUCUCCCUUAGACAUUCACUUUCUGGCUAUAAACAGAAUUCAAGUGAACAUUAGCAGGGAGAGUCAUGUUCAAGUAAUAAUGUGUAAAAUCCUGCUUUAUGAGACAUUGUCCUAAACUCCUUCAAUAAUGGGGUGUCGUAGGUCCGCUGUACUGGAACCUGAACUCUUUUCAUGCUCGAUCAUGCUAUUUUCAACUUAAUGCUGCCGUUUUUCUCUUGCACUGCCUUCCACGCUAACACCUCAGUUUCUGUUUAUAACCAUGUAUUUAUUACCCAGUGUAUAUAAUGUAAUGUUUUGUAAGUUAUUAAUUUAUAUAUCUAACAUUGCCUGCCAAUGGUGGUGUUACAUUUGUGUAGAAAACUCUGCCUAAGAGUUGCGACUUCUCUUGUAAUAUUUUGUUCUUGUUAUUUUUUUUUUGUAUUGUGUGGUCUAUAACCUGAAAGUUACUUAAGAAAGACAUGAGACUCGCCCACCUGUGUGGAUAUUGGGGGUCUUUUCUUCCCUCUUCCCUUUUCCCCAAUCUGAGUCACUAAUACUGCUCCCUUUAUGAACCUUUGCAAACUGGUUUUGGAAACAGGAUUCUCAUAUUAGAUACUAAGUGGUUUAUACUGAGCUUUUACUUUUGUAGAGUUUGAUAGGGUUAGGGGGCAACGGGAUGGGGUUUUUACCCUUGUUCUAUCCAAAUCUGUGUACGUGUAAGUUGGGUUCUAACUGGGUUCUCCCUACUUGGGGUUUCAAAAGCAACACUACAUUUGUUCACAGCCAGUUUUCUCUGAGUGUUCCCAGACUACUGACUUUGAAGAGCAAAGCCUCCUGCCUGGCCUUCAGCAGGGCUGCCAUGUUCCAAUUAAUUAUGAAAGAAAACAAUAAAGCAAUGUGAAUUUUAUAAUACAAUGUGAAUGGAUGUCAUAAAUCAUGCAAAUGUGAAGCUUCUGAUAACACUUCUUAGGCCUCUUACUGACUCCAGGCUCAGUUUGUAAAAUAUUGUUUCAUGCUUUCAGUUCUGCAUUGUGACUCAGUCAUUAAAGAAAUGGCACCUACGUGCAUGACCAAUGGGUUGUCUGUCUAUGAACACUGCAUUAUUUCAGGUGGAAAUUCUAUUGUUUUCAAAAGUUUAUCAUAAGAUAUGUUAUAGUAUGACUAUUAUAUUGUGCUCAAAUGCAUUCUUAAGAAACUUUUAUAUGAGGUGAAUAAACAAAAGCAUGAUUAGAUUAGA